AUGGCUCGGACUAAACAGACUGCUCGUAAGUCUACCGGUGGUAAAGCUCCCAGGAAGCAACUCGCUGCCAAGGCUGCAAGGAAAUCAACACCAACAACUGGAGGAGUUAAGAAGCCACAUCGCUAUCGUCCAGGAACAGUUGCUCUUCGUGAAAUCAGGAAAUACUGGAAGAGUACCGAACUUUUGAUCAGGAAGUUGCCUUUCCAGAGAUUAGUUCGUGAAAUUGCUCAAGAUUUCAAAACAGAUCUUCGAUUCCAGAGUCAUGCUGUUCUUGCUCUUCAAGAGGCUGCUGAAGCUUAUUUAGUAGGAUUGUUUGAAGACACUAACUUGUGUGCAAUUCAUGCUAAGAGAGUCACGAUCAUGCCUAAAGACAUUCAAUUAGCAAAGCGCAUUCGCGGUGAAAGGGCUUAG